CUGCGCGCACUGGGAGUUUCCCCACCACGGCGACCUCGUGAGACAAACGCUAUCAUUUAAAACUGACAACAUUCGCCAUGUAACAGACAUUGGAGACAAUGUUUGAGUGUCUUUCUGGUGAUUACCUCCCUCGUUUAUUGGACUUAUUGAAAACCAACUCACGUCCACCACUUUUAAACCUUGCGCUUGCGCGUAACGGAACCGGGAGCUGUCCAAGUGCUGAAAUGAGAAAAGGCGUUCCUCUCCCAUUACUUGACGGUCCCCCACCUGAGAGAGAUUUCACUUCAUGAGUAACAACACAGGCCGACGGGUUGGUCUUCACAGAGCGAGCUGUUAGAUCUCAGCCAGCGCCAAACGCAGGAGCCUCCAGCCGACGCGUCCUGGAGUUUCACCUUCUCGACGUCUGACCACAGGACUGAUGUUUCGUGUCUCCGCUUCGAGAGAUCUGUUUUUGGGAGUCAGAGUUUCAUGAAACUAAACUAUGAUCUGUGGCUGCGUUGAGGAAUGUCUCCAGUAUUUUUGUGUGACACAAGAACACCCGAACGCCCACGACUUGGUGAGGAAGAAAGCGGCGCCCCUAUUUGGAUUAUGUGUUUGACUAAUGUAAACAUAUGGAAGAAAUAGAAAAGUGAGCACAUGGGGAAACCACCGGGAAUGAAUCGCUCCUUUAUCAAGCUUUUGGCAGCUUUAUUUACAUAUUUCAUGGAGACAAACAACUUCAGAGUUGUGGACGCCAAGGAGCACGAUUCCAGAUCAUCCUCCAACCUGUCUCCAUCAGACUUUCUGGACUCACUCAUGGGUCGCACGUCCGGGUAUGAUGCACGCAUUAGACCGAAUUUUAAAGGUCCCCCUGUAAACGUUACAUGCAAUAUUUUUAUCAACAGUUUCGGCUCUGUCACAGAGACAACUAUGGUGAGUUCCUCUGGUAUUUUGGUGGAUUUCUGUCCUGUACAAUGUGUCAAUGUGUUAUCUAUCCCUCAACCUGCAGGUCCACCAGUUAAUGUUACCUGCAACAUAUUUAUCAACAGCUUUGGUUCUAUAGCAGAAACUACAAUGGAUUACAGAGUGAACAUCUUCCUGCGGCAGAAGUGGAAUGACCCUCGGCUGGCGUACAGCAAAUACCCAGAUUCCUCCCUCGACCUGGAUCCGUCCAUGUUGGACUCCAUAUGGAAGCCCGACCUCUUCUUUGCCAAUGAGAAAGGAGCCAACUUCCAUGAUGUCACCACAGACAACAAGCUGCUGCGGAUCUUCAAGGAUGGGACUGUCCUCUACAGUAUCAGGUUGACUCUCAUUCUGUCGUGUCCAAUGGAUCUGAAGAACUUUCCGAUGGACGUCCAAACUUGCACGAUGCAGCUGGAAAGUUUUGGAUACACUAUGAAUGACUUGAUCUUUGAGUGGCUGGAGAACGGUGCAGUGCAGGUGUCAGACGGACUCACCCUGCCUCAGUUCAUUAUGAGGGACGAGAAGGAGCUGGGCUACUGCACCAAACACUACAACACUGGUAAAUUCACCUGCAUUGAGGUUAAAUUCCACCUGGAGCGGCAGAUGGGCUACUACCUGAUCCAGAUGUACAUUCCCUCCCUCCUCAUUGUCAUCCUCUCAUGGGUUUCUUUUUGGAUCAAUAUGGAUGCUGCUCCUGCCAGAGUGGCACUGGGCAUCACCACUGUGCUAACCAUGACCACUCAAAGCUCCGGCUCCAGAGCUUCUCUUCCAAAGGUCUCUUACGUGAAAGCCAUUGAUAUCUGGAUGGCUGUGUGUCUGCUCUUUGUAUUUGCUGCAUUGCUAGAAUAUGCUGGGGUUAAUUUUGUCUCCAGGCAACAGAAAGAGUUCCUUCGCCUGAGGCGGAGACAAAGGAGGAAUCAGAAGGAUGAGGAUAUGCGUGAAGGCCGCUUUAAUUUCGCCGGCUACAAUAUGAGUCAGUGUCUGCCAACAAAGGACGGCUCAGCUGUUAAGAACGCUACUCCAGCACCGAACCCUCAACCACCGGUCCCAAAGGACAUUGACACCAUGAGGAAAAAGUUUGUGGACAGAGCCAAGAGGAUAGACACAAUCUCCAGGGCUGCAUUUCCUCUGGCUUUCCUCAUCUUCAACGUCUUCUACUGGGUCACCUACAAGAUCAUCCGGCACGAGGACAUCCAUAAAAAGUAAAGACUCUACAACCCUCAACAACUGACAUUCUAUUUUUCAUUUCUCAGAUUGAGAAAUGAUCAGAAAGCACCGAGAAAUGAGUAAACUGUGCAUUGAGAGGCACCAUGGGGAUGACGGCGGUGUUCUUUCAGGGAUUAUGUACAAUGUUGAUUAUGUAAUGCUCAUGUUCUGACAAUGUGAACAGUUCUUGAGGCACAGAUGCUUUGUUUGUUCUUGUACUGCUGCAUAUUUUCUGGAGAAUCAAGGGAAAAACGGUUUUAACUCAAGACUCUGUAACAUGCUGGAGAAGACGGACCAAAUUUUUUUUUUUUUUGAAUCAAUUCUGCCUUGGCGUCUGUACAGUCAAGGGACAAAGCAACAUUCCAUGGAUUCUUAAUUGUAAGGUAGCUCAGUCAGUCAGACCCUCAACGACUUUUUGUGAUUGCAAAAUUUCUUAUUGAGGAUGUUUUAUAGUGUACUGUUGUCAUGGCACUUCCUCUCUGUUUGUACAAAAUACAGCAGCAACUUCUAAGCUAUGUAAACAGCGUGCAUACAGAUGCACCAAACAUUAGGAAGCAGCACACGUCUCAGGCAUGAGUGUGAAAAAAGCAGAUGAAAAUCUGGAAUCGGAAAUUGGAUACUGCAUUUUUAUGAAAUACCUGAGGCCUUAGAUGUCAAAGAUUUGGUGACAUGAAGUGUUAUGCUUCUCUAUUUUUUCAAGCAUCUCCUCUUGUUGAAUGGUCCAUCACAGCUGAAUGCACCCUUUGAGCUUUUCUACCUAUGGCCACACAUCCAAAGGUACUUCUUGAUGUUUUUUCCUUUAUCUUUAAGUCAGUUAUGAAAAUAUAUAUUCAUGGACAACUGAUGUCACCUAAAAUAAUUGUAAGUUAUUUUUGAGAUGUUUCUAGUUUUUCUUUAAAUCUAAAGUAAUUUACUAAAUUAACUGUCAUAUAUUUCACAGGCAUCAUAAAAGUAUAAUGGUUAAUUUUGAGUGUAUAAGUAAAGCCCACAAACUGUGAACACGCACCACAUUAUUCAAUGUUGUCAUGAGUCCAUAACCACAUGAAUUCAUUUAUAUUGCAGGUAAAUACUCCAGGUAUCUUAGGUAUGGUUUUAGAGGUUGAGACUAUGUUUUUGUAGAUUUAGUCCAAUGAAAUAUUUAUUGUAUUGGGGGAAAGGUUAUGUUUAUAAAAUAUUAUCUUUCUGUAUACUUCAACUUCUGUUGUGGACUGUUUCUCUUCACUUGGUGUGUUUGAUGCUGGACGGUGGCAUUUGUUUGUAGAUGAGCUCAACAGUGAAGGACAGAUCUGCAUAACAUUCAUGGUACAAAGCAGCUAAUGGCCCUUGCACUCCUGACAUACUGUGGUGAAGAACUCUUUCUUGAAUGCUACUCAUGGGGGGGGGG